AUGAAUCGAUACCUGACACUAAGCCAGCUGGGCGAUGGUACCUACGGGACCGUUGUCCUUGGCCAGCGGAAGGACACUGGAGAAAAGGUCGCUAUAAAGCGCAUGAAGCGGAAGUACUACUCGUGGGAGGAAGCUAUGAGUCUUAGAGAAGUGAAGUCACUGAAAAAACUCUCCCAUGCCAACGUGGUCAAGCUGAAGGAGGUGAUACGGGAAAACGACGUGCUGUACUUUGUGUUCGAGUACAUGCAGGAAAACCUGUACCAACUGAUCAAGGAUCGUGACACACACUUUCCCGAGACCACCAUAAGACUGAUUCUGCAACAGAUCCUAACGGGCCUGGCGUUCAUGCACCGGCACGGCUUCUUCCAUCGGGACCUGAAACCGGAAAAUGUGCUCUGCAGUGGACCGGAAACGGUCAAAAUCGCCGAUUUCGGUCUCGCGCGAGAAAUACGCUCCCGGCCCCCGUACACGGACUACGUCUCGACGAGGUGGUAUCGUGCACCGGAGGUACUGCUACAUUCGACCCGCUACGGAAGCUCGAUCGAUCUAUGGGCUGUAGGAUGUAUUGUGGCGGAACUGUACACAUUUCGACCACUUUUUCCUGGUUCUAGUGAGGUGGAUCAGUUAUUUAAGAUAUGCUCGAUACUCGGUACGCCCGAUAAGACCGAUUGGGCGGAGGGUCAUAAGCUGGCGGCGACGAUACAGUUUCGCUUUCCAGAGUGCCCGAAGAUUGCGUUGGCUACGCUGGUCACCAGGGCCAGUGCGUCCGGCAUUCAGUUGCUAGAGGAUAUGCUGCAGUGGGAUCCGGAGAAACGACCAACCGCCCAACAGUCGAUGAAGUACUCCUAUUUUAGCAGUAUGAAAGCACGGAGUUCCGCGAAUCUUUCCACUAACCAGCAACACAAUCAUCAGCCAAACGGCAACAGCAACGGCAUCAACGGCUCCGUGGCCGCUAUUCCGAACGCUCGUCUCUCGAUCAUGGACGUCCCCAGCAACGCCAACUACAAAUCGAUCACUACCAACGAGUUGAACGAUAUCAACUCGAUCCUGACCCUGUCCCGGGUGCCCGAUCUAGCAGCGCAGCCGACGCAACCGCUGGCGAACUCACAACAGCUGCACGGUGAAGGAACGAAAGGUAGUAGCAAGUUUCAGAGUGGCAUCAAUUACAGUGUGUUGAACGAAAUGCUUAACAACUACAAUGCCGGCCUGGGGGUACCUUUGAAUCCACACCAAGGUGGUCCAGCGGUCGUAUCGACACAGGUGAAACUGCUCCGGAAUGGACCAUCGGCCAUGUACAAUAAAUCGGUCGCAUCCAGUGACUUGACCAUCACGACGUCUGUGAAUGAAGCCGUGGGCAAGGCGACGAAUGAAAGCGGUUCCGGAUCAGUCGUCAGUUAUGCCAUCAUUAAGCCGGCGGUUGUCCGGAUCGCUGACAGCCGGCCAACGGAUGCAGCCCCGCCAAUCAACGCAAUAGGUGGCGUCAGUUUGCGGAAGGAAAAAGUGAACGAUAUAUUCGUUACACGAAGCAAUGACUUUCACCACCAAAAGGCCAACGGCCAAUCGAAGGCUGGCCACGGGCGGGCACUUCCGGCAAUCGACAGCGAUGAUUCCAGCUACUUCGGAAGUGGAUUCUAUUUGCACAAGAAAAGUGCUGCCAAGAACGGCUCUAGUGGCGCUAGCAUUGGCGGUGGCAGCGACGGCAUCAUUGGUGGUGCUAGUUCGGUGUACAAUGAUAGCUUUGCGAGCGACGGUAAAGUGUAUAACGCAUUUUCGAAACAGCCCGUACUGGUGUCGAGAAAAACGGACGAAGACCUCAAGGCUUAUCGCAAUCGGAACGGUACGAUGCAUCGAGCUAUCCACGGUCACUUCAGCAAAAGCUGGGAACCGACCAACCAACGCGGCAACAGCUUCGAGGAUGAUGCGCUGGGAGAUAUUCUGGGAAGCAGAAUACAAGCGAACAAAAAACCAGUGAAGAGUUUCAAGCUGGAGGAUCUGUUUGGAUCUAUCUCAUUCAGCAAAGAUUCGACGACCUCCAAAUAUCCCAACACUGUUCCCUUCGCUAAGGGCAGCACGAAGAAUGUUGGAGCCGGACCGGGUGUGGCAGAUAUUUUCGACAACUCUGAAUCCAAACCUUCACACUCAAGUGCAAACGUUGUCCCACGGCGGAAAAAUCAGCAAAUCUUCGUUUCAAAUAAUGGGAACUUGGUAGCAAACGAUUUUAGCGGACCGAAUGCAUCUUUCAAACUGUUUCCAUGGGACGAUAUACCAAAGCAUGAGGUGGAGAAAAAGCAAUGGAUUCCGGAUAGUGGAGUGUUGACGUUCGUCGGGACGGGCAAUGAGCACGUGGGACGAACGGAUUGGGCGGCCAAGUACCUCAACAAAUAA